UCCCUCUUACGUCUCUUUCAAUUUCUCUCUGAAGAAUCGCUUCUCUCUCCCUCUCUCUCGGGGCUGCGCGAUUUCGAAGAAUCCCCCGAUUCUCGCGUGGAGAUCCCUCAUGUCAGGCCCUCUUGAUCGGUUGGCUAGGCCUUGCUUUGAAGGGUGCUCGAGCAAUGAUGAGAGAAGAGAACGGAGAUCGGAUUUCGAAGUUUCUGAGGAUGAGAAGAAAACAAGGAUCGGCAAUUUCAAUUUCAAGAAGAAAGCAGCGAAAGCUUCGAGCAAACUCAGACACUCGCUUAAGAAGAAAGGUAGCAGCACCAGGAGAAGAAGCAUUGAUCGUAAUUUCUCUCUCUCCAUUGAGGACAUUCACGAUGCCGAGGAGCUGCGAGCUGUUGACGAGUUCCGUCAUUUGCUCAUCUCUGAGAAUUUGCUUCCUCCAACACUUGAUGAUUAUCACAUUAUGCUGAGAUUCCUGAAAGCUAGGAAAUUUGAUAUUGGGAAAACUAAGUUAAUGUGGAGUAAUAUGAUCCAAUGGAGGAAAGAUUUUGGGACAGACACAAUUUUCGAGGAUUUUGAGUUUGAAGAGUUGGAUGAAGUUCUGAGAUUCUACCCUCAUGGCUAUCAUGGUGUUGACAAAGAAGGAAGACCUGUUUACAUUGAAAGAUUAGGACAAGUUAAUCCGGCUAAGCUCAUGCAAGUCACUACAGUGGAAAGGUUUAUAAAGUAUCAUGUUCGAGAGUUUGAGAGAACUAUCAAUAUUAAGCUUCCAGCUUGCUGCAUUGCUGCUAAGAGAUUCAUUGACUCUAGUACAACAAUUCUAGACGUCCAAGGCGUGGGAUUCAAGAACUUUACUAGGCCUGCGAGGGAUCUUAUAAUCCAGCUGCAAAAGAUUGACAAUGAUAACUACCCUGAGACACUUCAUCGUAUGUUCAUCAUCAAUGGUGGUUCUGGUUUUAAGAUUGUUUGGGCCACUGUGAAACAAUUUCUUGAUCCAAAAACAGUCACGAAGAUUCAUGUUGUUGGUAACAAGUACCAAAGCAAAUUACUUGAGAUGAUUGAUGCAAGCCAGCUGCCAGAUUUUCUUGGUGGCACUUGCACCUGUGCAGAUCGAGGUGGCUGUAUGAGAUCUGAUAAAGGGCCCUGGAAUGACCCAGAGAUAUUAAAGAUGGUUCAAAGUGGUGGACUGCUCUGCAGGCAUAAUUCGGCUCUAAACAGUUUUUCCCGUAUGUCCUCAAGCGAUAAGCCAUCUUUAUCUGGGAUAAAAGCGAGUGACACCUCGACGGCCGAAUCAGGGUCUGAAGUGGAAGAGAUGGCUUCUCCAAAAGUAAAGAGAGGGAUUUGUCUUCCCAAGCUGACUCCUGUUUGUGAAGAUAUUAAGGCCAAUAGUAAAGAUCCUACUGAUUCAUCAGAGUAUGAGUCACCAAUUGUGGACAAAGUUGUGGAUGUUGCUUGGAUGGCCCAUGAAAAGCCAAAGGCCUCAGAAGGUUCAGACUAUACUCCCGGUUUGGGCAAAACAGGCCCGGUCAAUCUUAUCUGGAUGUGGCUAACGGCCUUCCUUGUAAACUUGCUUAGGCUUAUAACAUCUGUGGCUCUGCCACAGAGUGAAAGAGACUCCCAGUCUGAAUCUUCAGUUCAUGAAACAAUGGCAAGAGAGUCUCGUCCUCCUUCACCGGCUUCUGCGAAUAUCACAGAGAGAAAUGUGUUUUCUUCUGUUGUAAACAGACUAGGAGAUCUAGAGAAGCAAGUGGAAACACUGCACUCGAAGCGACAUGAGAUGCCUCGUGAGAAAGAGGAGUUGCUUGAUACAGCUGUUUAUCGUGUGGAUGCACUUGAAGCAGAGCUCAUCGCUACAAAAAAGGCUUUGCAUGAGGCUUUAAUUAGACAAGAUGAUCUUUUGGCGUACAUAGAGAGAGAAGAAGAUGAGAAGUUUCAGAAGAAAAAGAAGGUGUGCUGGUGAAGAGAGCUUGAGGGUUGGUUAAACGAAAUUAUGAGAAGUGGUGGUUACUCUGAAUUCUGAGUAAGUUGGUAAUUUCGUAUACACCAUCCCUAUAUAUUAUAUAUAUAGAGAGAGAGAACAAUGUUUAUAUCCAAAUUUAGGUCUCCUAAGCAAAUAUUUGAUACUUUUGGGGGAAAAAUUCAGACUGUUUUACAGUUGAUAUUCUAAGUACAUUAUAUAUAUCAGUGACCAUUUUCUCU